CGAGAGCUCGUUCUUCCUUCAAUCUGUUCUCCGUUCGAAUUCGAUCCUUGUCCGACGAAUCCAUUGGGAUGUGAUUGUUGUUGUGUUUUUCCUUCUUCUUCUCUAAGCAAUAAGAACGCAUGAACGAUUCUGUUCUCCGCGGUGAUUUUCGCUGAUUCCCGUAUUCUUUCUCUCCUCUCUUGUUCUUGUUUCUUGGGUUUGAAUCCGCGUUUGGAUCGAUCUCUUGUUGAAAUCGGGGCGCUGCGAGGGGGUCGUCGCGAUUUACGCGGAGCUCGGUCGCCGGGCGUUUCGUCCGCAGGUACGGGCUCCGGCGAUCCGGCUAGGGUUUUUUCGGUAUGCUUAGGAGAUGAUGAUGAAUCAAGGAGGGAUUACGGAGACGCUGGCUCCGCCCGGGACGAACUCGCUGGAGGAUCGACAUGUAAUUGAUGCACGGCAUGGGCAACCGAGUUCAUAUUCUUCCUCAACUGUUGGGUCUGAAGCACCAUCUUGGACCCCGCACAGUGUAAAUAAUAGCUUCACAGGAAAUGGGUAUUCUUCUGGUUCAACAUACGGUUUUGAGCAGCAAGCACAACCACCUCGGAGAGAUGAUAUAAAUAGUGCAACCGAGGCAAGUUCAUUGAGUUUAGGUUCAACAAGUGUACCGCAAGAUUACAAUGGUUAUAUGACAUACCAGAACCCCACUAAUUCAUAUGGGUAUGGAACUACCGGAUACACAGGUUACUAUAGUGGCUAUCAGCAACAAAGUAAUCAGUCGUACUCACAGCCAGCGGGAGCAUAUCAAAGCACGGGCUCCCCUUAUCAGCCUAUUUCUUCGUUUCAGAAUACCGGGUCUUAUGCCGUCCCACCGAGUUAUUCAAACACAUAUUACGGUCCUGGUGAUUACCAGACAGCUGGAACAUAUCCAAAUAGUACUUACAGUACUCAGACAACUUGGAACGAUGGAAAUUAUGCAAAUUACAACACUUAUCAGUAUUCAAACUACCCUUCAACUUCCAGUGCUUAUGGUUCUGGUAAUUCUGCAUCUGCUCCAGCGCAGUAUCAACCACAGUAUAAGCAAUGGACAGAUUAUUAUGCUCAAUCAGAAGUUAACUGUGCUCCUGGGAUGGAAAAUUUGUCUGUUGCUAGUUCAUCCAAUCCCGAAUGUCCAACUCCUGGAGUUCCGGAUGGGACUCAAGCUUCAAAUAGCCAGCCACCACCAACUGCAGUCCCAUCUUGGAGGCCAGAACCGGGACCUUCCGGAUUGCCUUCCCAACAGCCUAGUGUCGUAGCCAGUGCUGGUCACGAUAAUUAUUGGAAACAACAUGCUGCCCCAGGAUUCCAAAACCACAACAGUGCUGCUGGACAAUCAACAUAUUAUCAGCCUUUGGAUUCAAAAAAUGCCUAUGGAAGCUAUUCAGAUGGACAAAAUAGUACCUCUAAUCAAGGGCCCAACUUGCAAUAUCCUAUUGUUCAUCAGGUUCCUCAGAUUCAUCAAGCACCACAACAAAUAUCCCCGACUUUAGAUCCUCGAAGAGGAAGCAAAGUACAGAUUCAGACAAAUCCUAGAAUAGUCUCAAACUUGGCUUUGGGAUUAACGAAAACCGAUAAGGCUGGCUCUGCAACCAUGGCAGUGGCAAAGCCUGCAUAUAUAGGCGUUUCACUACCAAAGCCAAGCGACAAAGCAUUGUCUGGUGAUGCUUCUGAUCCUGCGCUUAAGCCCGCGACUUUCCCCAAGUCGUUGCGUGGUUACGUUGAGAGGGCUUUAGCUCGCUGUAAAGAUGAUGCACAAAUCGCUGCUUCUCAAGAGGUCUUAAAGGAGUUGAUUACAAGUGCAACUGCUGAUGGGACUCUUUAUACACAAGAUUGGGAUGCUAAGCCUCUUUUCCCUCUACCAGAAAUGGAUGGACUCAGUAAUACCUUCCAGUCUCCUUUGCCGUUACCGACAUUGCGAAGAAGUCCAGGUAGAAGAACCAAAAGUAGGUGGGAGCCUUUACCAGAGGAGAAGUUAGUCAAUAAAACGCCGCCUCUUAUGACUGAACCAGUAAAAUACGGUGGAUAUAUGAACAAUAGGAACAGAAAGAACGUUUUGCAGCCAUUUGUUGGCAAUUCGGAGAGCAAGGAUGGGUUGAACACCACAAACUUUUUGGCUGUGGAGCAGAAAACUGCUAGUUUUCAGAAGCCAUUCAAGAGACAGCGUCUGUCCAACAGCCUGACAACAGCUGAUAAUGGUGAUGCAUCAAGUGAUAGUGACAAGGAAUCGAGCUUGACAGCCUUUUAUUCGGGUGCAAUAGGUUUUUCCAAUACACCAGAGGAAAGGAAGAAACGUGAGAGCCGCUCUAAACGUUUUGAAAAAGCGCAUGGAAGUCGUGUAGAGAUCAGCCAUUUUAAACCAAAAUCUGCUGGAUCUGCAAAUCUAUACGCUAGAAGGGCAACUGCCAUUGUGCUAAGCAAAACCUUUGAAGAAAGUGGCAGCAAAGCUGUUGAAGAUAUUGACUGGGAUGCUUUAACUGUCAGGGGGACGUGUCAGGAAAUUGAAAAACGUUAUUUGCGUCUCACCUCUGCACCUGAUCCCGCCACUGUAAGACCAGAAGAAGUUCUGGAGAAGGCUCUCGCUAUGGUUCAGAACUCACAGAAGAACUACCUCUAUAAAUGUGAUCAGCUGAAGUCCAUUCGUCAAGACUUAACUGUUCAACGGAUUCGCAAUAAGCUUACGGUCAAGGUCUAUGAAACUCAUGCUCGCUUGGCUCUUGAAGUCGGUGAUCUGCCAGAGUAUAACCAGUGCCAAUCACAGUUGAAGACUCUUUAUGCAGAAGGGAUUGAAGGUUGUCAUAUGGAGUUUUCUGCUUACAACUUGCUUUGUGUCAUCUUGCAUUCGAACAACUACAGAGAUCUCUUAUCCUCGAUGUCAAGAUUGUCGAAUGAUGCAAAGAAUGAUAAAGCUGUAAAGCAUGCUCUUGCAGUCCGCAGAGCCGUGACAUCAGGGAACUAUGUCAUGUUCUUUGGACUGUACAGGACAGCGCCUAAUUUGAACUCGUGCCUCAUGGAUUUAUUUGUUGACAAGAUGCGGUAUAAGGCUGUGAAUUGCAUGUGCCGGUCGUAUCGACCAACAGUUCCUGUUUCUUAUGUUGCAAAGGUUCUGGGCUUUGCAUAUGCUUCAUCUGCGAAUGGGGGAAGUGACGAGAAGGAUUCAGUUGGAUUAGAGGAGUGUGUGGAUUGGUUAAAAGCUCAUGGUGCAUGCCUUGCUGCAGAUAACAAUGGAGAGAUGCAGCUCGAUACAAAGGCUUCCUCUUCCAGUCUCUACAUCCCAGAACCCGGGGAUGCAGUGGCUCAUGGAGAUUCUACUCUUGCCGUCAAUGAUUUUCUGACGCGGGCGUCCUCAUAGAGAAGUUGACUGCGAUGGUAUGCUACCGGUGCAUCCAUUGGAAGAAAUGGCGUGGACAACCGUGCCGUUCUUGACCCCCUUUUAUGUAUAACAGUGAGCCCAUGUUUAUUUUUUUUUAUCUUUUUGGAGCAGCUCGAGAUUCUAACGAGACAGGGCUGGCGAGGCAUCACCUGUAACUGUGGAGAGAUGAAGCAAGGGGGAUAGAAUUGAAGAAGGGGGGGGGGCUAAGAGAUUCUUGUUGUGCAAUGGGAUUUUGUCGGUGGAAAAGAAAAUUGUAUAUUCCUCAUAAAAAGGUGCUCCGCCCCGGAUCAAAUGGACGAGCGCUCAACAUUUUAGGGGUUUUAGCAUCCGAGCCGAGCGGAGCUCCUCCUGUGUAACAUAUAUGGAUUCAUUCUUUUUAUAACAGAUAUUGGGAGGUAGAAGAUGGAGGAACAUCGGUGAGGAUACAUGUUGUACACUCGCUUUCAAGAUGACAAUUUUGCUAUACCUUUGCCAGCUUAA